GUUCGUGGGAACCUGUAAUGAGAACCCGUUUCGUCUGCACGGCGGCACAUGAGUUUUGGAGGCGUGUCGAAAGCUGUGCUUCUUGCUGCGUUCGGAGGCCUGGGGGCUGGCAUUAGCAUUGGGUACAAGGUCUCCGCGGCGCGACUGACCAAGGUCGCAAAGGUGCUGGCAGCGAAGCCCCGCGUGUAUAUCUACGACCAUUGCCCGUUUAGCACACGUGUCCGAGCCAUUUUUGCACUCAAAGGAGUCGACGUUGAAAUCGUGUUCUUGCAAAACCGGGACGUAGCGACUCCCAUGGCUCUCGUGGGCUCCAAGGUCGUGCCGAUUAUGGAAACGCCAGAGGGGAUGAUCAUGAAGGAAAGCAUGGAUAUCGUGCGGUACGUCGACACUCACUACGGCGGCAAGGCCAUUCUGGCAGAGUCCGAGGCGGAGACCCGCGAGGAUUUGACAAAGUGGUUUCAAGAUUCGGCGGACGUCAUGAACCGGUUGUAUCAUCCGCGGGCAGAAACCGGGUACUUUGCUGAGUUUGCCGAACCGGCAUCGCGAGCGUACUAUCGCAAGAAGAAGGAACCCUUGGUCGGGUCGUUUGAUGCGUGCAUUGCCAAUUCCGCCACUUACAUUGACUCGUUCAACCAGUACUUGGUCGAGCUAGACGGUAUGCUGAAGACUCCACUCACAAUCAACGAUACUCUCAGCUACGAUGACAUCGACCUCUUUGGUCGCCUCCGACGCCUCACUCUUGCCAAGAACGUCGUGUGGCCACCCAAGGUGCGCAAGUACAUUGAUCAUUAUGCCAAGGUCACUGGCAUCUCCCUACUCGACUCCAUAGCGCAAUUUUGAUGCGACGACAGCAGAAGGUGCAGUGAAGUACAGAGUCGUUUAGCGAGCUCUAGGUUCAUGAAUACUCUGUUCGUGGUGUGGCGAGUAUGAAAAGGUUUCACAGCGAUGUAGUAGUAUACACGUGUG